AUGAGUACUACUUUUGCCGAGGAUAUUGCCCUUCCUAUGUUCCCGAACAGACAAAUAUCUGUCGCUGUGUUCAAAGAUGUAACAAAUGCUAGUGAAAUUCACAGACAGAUCAUCUCUCUGAACAAAGAGUAUGACUACGCUUUUAUUGAUGCAGGAAUUAUUGUGUGCAGACAGCAGCUUUUUGCGGCCAUCAUUCGUGCUCUCCGCGAUCAGCAGGACGGAUUAACAAAGACAAAGACCAUUCACUCGGAAAUCAUCUUGUCGCUCUGUCCUCGUACUGAAAUUUCUACUGCUUUUCGCAAUUUCGGUAUCUCAAAGAAGUCAACAAGUCUUGUUAUCGUCAAGGUUGGUGCAUCUGCCGCUGAAAUUGGGCCCAAAUUACGCACAAUGGUUGAAGGAACACCAAUUGCCUUUUCACAGGCAGAAUUGGAUAAACUUGUUGUCCGUAAACAACUUGUCAAGAACUACAAACUGGAUGCCAGCAAACCCGACACACACACUAGUUGCGUCUUAGCAGCCAUUGCUCUCCGUGGAUAUAACUAA